AUGUUUCCCCGUCCCAGCAGUGCCUUUGCGUACUGCAAUGGACAUGAUGGGGUUGUAAUACCGGGCCGAUCCAAAGAGGCCAAAUCCUCCCGUCGGGGAUUGGUGGAUUUGGUAACGACGAACAAAACAUUCCUUGACGGGGCUCUGGGGGAACAACAAGAGCAGCUUGGAUUCUGUCAUAUCGGACUCGUGAUUCCAUUUACCAUCCUGACAGACAAGGGUAGGGCGCGUUGCAAUUGUCCCUUUGAGGACGUCUUCACGGGAGGCAUGGCUGCCGUUCAUCUGGCGAUGGAUAUGCUCAACAAGGGAGAUGGGUCGGUCGUCCCAGAGAUUGAGGGUUUGAAUGAACGCUGUCCCAUUCGAUUCACAGCCGAAUCCUUUGAUUCUACGGCAAGCGCUGCUCUGACUGUCCAAACCGUCACGGAUGUCUUGAGACGUACCACUCCAGAAGAGCGAGAGAUUUGCGCCUUUUUGGGAGCCACUCGAUCACCCGUCACUUUGCCCAUGGCAAUAUUGACGAGUCUGGCAAAUCGUCCACAGCUGACACCAUGGUCCGUUUCUUCCCAACUCGACGAUCGAGUUACCUUCCCAUUGCUGGGCCGUCUCAUUACUUCCGAGUUGGGCCUAGUGGUUCCCUUUUUAUUGUACCUGAGACAGAAAAAUGUCAAUCAUCUAGGAGUUAUAAUAUUCAACAAUAGCUACGGAAAGGCCUACGUGGAAUCUCUCUUGCAGCAGGCAGAGACCCAUCAUCCCGACUUGUCGGUGGUUGUGGCCGAAAUUCCGUUUGCCGAAGGAACCGAUGAGGAUUACGAGAGCGCCGUUGAUACCCUUGUCCGCUCUCAAUUUCGAUGGUUC